CUCUCUCUCUCAGUUGUGUGAAUAGGAGGGGAGAUGGGGAGAUGCUGGAUUCGGGAGAAGGUCCGCCAUUAUUGGGAAGCUGAAAAAAAAAAUAGACUUAUACACACCGUCACACAUUUAGCCUGUAAGGGUCUUAACGUCAGAAAAGAAAACACAACGGUUUCGGACGAGCUGUUGUUCACUUAAAGCAGCGCUUCGGUAAAUAAAGGCAGAGCUUGUGAUCGCGUUUCCUACGGACUCUUUUAUUUUUGACACAACAAAGGAAAUAAUAAUUGGUCAAAACAACGUGGUGGUUGAACCGAGAAGAAAAAACACACCGAAACAGCGCUCUCCAACGCCUCCCCCUUUUCUCUUCGCGAGACGUUUCCAGCCGCGCAGUGAAAAGACUGGAGUUUCAACAGCAUUUUUCCUUUUUCCUGACGAGAAUUUAGUUGUUUUUUUUUCUUCCUCUCCUCAGACAGGGUGAGAGAAAAAGAGAGAUGCAUCUCGCUGCUGAAAACUUCAGACUGAUGAAAAUGAGCACUUAAUGUGGGACGCAAUGGACAGAAAGCCUGUUUAGUAAAAAAACAAACAAACAAAAAACCCAGCGGAAAAUAAUCGAUGUGAGUGCUGGUAGGAAGUCUUUUUGUCUGUUUUUUAAAAAGUCUUUCACCGGCUGUGAGUCGCAAAGAGCGAAAGAAAGGAGUGGACCAGAGCUGGAGAGAGGGAGGAAUGCUAUGGGAAUGCAGCCACCCCAUGAAGACUACAUGGUCUCUCCUCAUGGACAGUGAACACAGCCUCUUCCCUGCUGCCAUGUGUAGCACGUGUUAUGAUGAACUUCACGCCCUGCCGCCCUAGCAUUAACUUCAGGCUGCACUCCAAUACCCUACAGAUGCACCCUAUCUUCCUUGGCUUCCCUUGUCAUUGAGACACCCUAGGCCUUGAGACAAUGGUAUGUGGCUGGACAUGCGCACCAGACACCAGGCCUCAGGGUGAACUGGGAGACUGGCUGCCUGACUGCUGUACAACUGGACUGCUGCACUAAGGGACAGACCCCAGCCCAGUGAGCUCCUCUUGCAUGGAAACCCUCCUUCCUUGGCAGCCUUCUCCUCUCCCUAGAGCUAGCGGCCAGCAUGGCAGGAUGAGCCUCUGCCAGCGACGAUGAUGGCCAAAAAGCAAGAUGUACGGGCACCCACCUACAACCUGGUCGUGGUUGGGCUGUCCGGCACGGAGAAGGAGAAAGGCCAAUGUGGUGUGGGCAAGUCCUGCCUGUGUAACCGCUUUUCCCGGCCAAGUGCAGAUGACUUCCACCUAGAUCACACGUCUGUUCUCAGCACAAGCGACUUUGGAGGCCGUGUGGUGAACAAUGACCAUUUCCUGUUCUGGGGAGAGGCUGGACGGACAAUGGAGGAGGGGCCAGAAUGCCGCAUGAAUGUGGUAGAGCAGACAGAAUUCAUUGAUGAUCAGACGUUCCAGCCACACCGAAGCACAGCACUCCAGCCUUACAUCAAGAGGGCAGCUUCCACCAAGCUGGCUUCAGCUGAGAAGCUGAUGUACUUUUGCACAGAUCAGCUGGGGCUGGAGCAGGACUUUGAGCAGAAACAGAUGCCUGAAGGCAAGCUUUUGGUGGAUGGCUUCUUACUCUGUGUGGAUGUUAGCAGGGGUAUGAACCGUAGCUUUGAGGACCAGAUGAAGUUUGUUACUAACCUGUACAACCAGCUAGCCAAAACGAAGAAACCUGUGGUACUGGUUCUCACCAAAUGUGAUGAAGGAGUUGAGCGCUAUAUUAAAGACUCACACACCUUUGCCCUAGCCAAGAAGAACCUACAGGUGGUAGAAACAUCAGCACGCUCUAAUGUCAAUGUUGACCUAGCCUUUCUUACACUGGUUCAGCUAAUAGACAAGAGUAGGGGAAAGCCCAAAAUUAUCCCUUACUUUGAGGCACUGAAACAGCAGAGUCAACAGAUUGCCUCAGCUAAAGACCGCUAUGAGUGGCUGGUCAACCGAAUUGUGAAGAACCACAAUGAGACAUGGCCCACUGUCAGUCGCCGCAUGCAGUCUUCCCCUGAGUACAAGGACUAUGUUUUCCUUGAGGGGACAGCUAAAGCCAAGAAGCUCUUCCAGCAGCAUGUGCAUAGACUUAAACAAGAGCAUAUAGAAAAACGUAGGAAGGCCUAUCUAACUACACUACCACAGGCCCUGUCUGUACUGUUACCAGAGUUGGACGAGAUAGACCACCUGAGCUGGUCUGGAGUUCAGAAAGUCCUGGAGACAAAGAGAGAUUUCUCUCAAUGGUUUGUAGUACUAGAUGACACCCCUUGGGAGACCACACCACACAUUGAUAACAUAGAGGAUGAUCGAAUCCCCCAGGACCUCCUGGAGACCCCCGCAGCUGAAGCUAUCUAUGAGACCCACCUGGAGCAGCUAAGGAAUGAGCGCAAACGGGCUGAGAUGAGAUGGGAGUUCAAGGAGAAGCUAAGUGUCUCUCCUUUCAUCACACCAGGGAAACCCUGGGAGGAGGCCCGAAGCUUCAUCAUGAAUGAAGACUUCUACCAGUGGCUGGAUGAGGCUGAAUAUCUGGAUAUCUACAACAAACACCAGAAGGAAAUCAUUGACCGAGCCAAAGAGGACUUUCAGGAACUGCUUCUUGAAUACUCUGAGCUCUUUUAUGAGCUGGAAGUGGAUGCAAAGCCAAGUAAAGAGAAAAUGGGAGCCAUUCAGGAGGUGUUGGGUGAGGAGCAAAGGUUUAAAGCCCUGCAGAAGCUGCAGGCAGAAAGGGAUGCUCUGGUAUUGAAACAUAUCCACUUUGUCUACCACCCCACAAAGGACACCUGUCCCAAUAGCCCUCACUGUGUGGACAGCAAGAUAGAGCAGAUACUGGCCUCCAGAUUCCCGACCCGCUACCCAUCAUCGGACUCUUCAAGACUGGAUGGGGGGAGGGCUGAACGGAUCAAUCUUGUCAUCCUAGGGAAAGAUGGGCUAGCCAGAGAGAUGGCAAAUGAGAUAAGGGCCUUGUGCACCAGUGACGACCGGUACGUGUUAGAUGGCAAGAUGUAUGAGUUAGCCCUUCGUCCCAUAGAGGGCAACGUACGUCUGCCAGUCAAUUCAUUCCACACACCAACCUUUACACCCCAUGGUUGCCUGUGUUUGUACAACUCAAAGGAAUCCCUCUCAUAUGUUGUCGAGUCUAUAGAGAAGCUUAGAGAGUCAACCAUAAGCAGAAGGGAAAGGGAAAACAGCUUAGGCCAAAUCCCGCUGUCCCUCCUCCUGGUCACCAAGCGGGGGGUGGGUUCUAUAGGGGAUAUUGGGGGUGAGACAGCUCAGACUCUUAUCCAACAAGGGCAUCAGGUGGCUGGAAAGCUGCAGUGUGCUUACCUGGACCCUGCCUCUCCAGGCAUGGGCUACGGGCGAAAUGUGAAUGAGAAGCAGAUCAACCAGAUGCUGAAGGGCCUCUUAGAAUCACGGAGAAGCAUAGGGAGCAGCUCCCCUCCUUUACCCCCUCCUUCCUCUGCCUUCAGAGACUCUCAGUCCCAGCCAAUGCUAGAGGCAGACUUGAGGAUAGUCAUGUGCCUGAUGUGUGGAGACACGUACGACCUAGACCAGCUCCUUGCUCCCUUCCUGUUGCCCCAGCAUUGUCGUCCUGCCUCCAGCCUCAGCAGUGGCACCUCCGUUUUGCUGGAUUUCAGUAUAGGAGGUCAGAGGCAGAAUAUUGAGCUGUCACUGCUCUCCUUCCAUUCCUCAUUCUCCCUCCGCAAGACCAGGCUGGUCCACGGCUACAUUGCAGUUUACUCUGCUCGCCGCAAGGCCUCUAUGGAGACAUUAUGUGCUUUCUUGUGUGAGGUCCAAGACAUCAUCCCAGUCCAGUUGCUAGCAGUAGGGGAGAGCCAGAUGGAGCUGUCAGACUCAGAGUCAGCUAAGGAGCAGGUCAGUCAGGGAGAGGAACUGGCACAUGAAAUAGAGGCCAGGUUUAACACCGUAAUAUGUGGACAUGGUGGGGUAGUUGGGGGGCUUCAUAAGAUAGACCUUUUCCAACCCUUCCUCAAAGAGGUGGUAGAGAAGCGCACUAUUGUGGAGGCCACACACAUGUAUGAUAAUGUGGCUGAGGCAUGUACCAAUGAGAGCAUCAGCCCUCGCUGUGGCUCUCCUAGUCCAGUCAACAUUCUUAUGGACUCAGAGGACGAUAUCGACCCAUCACCACCUUACCCUACCUUGAGGGAGGAUGGUAGUCUCAGUUCCCACCUGGGAAGCUUGAAGUUGCCAGAUCUGGAUUCAAGCGAUACCUUCUCUGUUAUCUCUGAGCUUAGCACCUUUGAGAGCAAGCUGAACAACAAGGUUCCUCCACAAGUGAAGCCCAAGCCUGUCCGUAAGGUUAACCUCGGCCCCUACAUGGACCAGCAGGGUGGCACCAACCGCCGCUCUUUGCCCCAAGCUGUCACCUGGGCUCCAGGUAGCGAUGGUGGCUAUGACCCAUCAGACUACGCAGAGCCCAUGGAUGCUGUGAGCAAACCUCGACCCACAGAAGAGGAGAAUAUUUACUCUGUCCCUCAUGACAGUACACAGGGCAAGAUUAUCACCAUCCGCAAUGCCAAUAAAGGUCACUCAAACGGGAGUGCUGGGGGGAAUGGGUCAGACAGUGAGGCAGAUAGUAGCUCACUGGAGCGCAGGAGGAAGUUGUCUGCCAUUGGGGUAAAGCCCAAGCUGUACAGAGACAGAUCCAAACGGCUUGGCAAGUUCAGCAGUUUUAGGACGAGCUUCUCUAUAGGCAGUGAUGACGAGAUGGGGGGUCCACCAAAGGCUAGCCAGGAUGACGGAGGAGCCCAAAAGGACAACUCCAUUGAGGAGAGUGAGGACCCCAAAAGGAGAAAUAUUCUUAAGAGCCUGCGCAGAAAUACAAAGAAACCACGACCCAAACCCAGGCAUUCCAUCUCAAAACCCAUUGAAAGCAACUACUUUGGUAUGCCACUGGCCACUGUGGUCACUCCUGAGAGGCCAAUCCCAGUCUUCAUUGAGAAGUGCAUCCGUUUCAUUGAAACUACAGGGUUGAGCACAGAGGGCAUCUACAGGGUCAGCGGGAACAAGGCAGAGAUGGAGAGCAUGCAGCGGCAAUUUGAUCAAGACCACAGCCUGGACCUGGUGGAGAAAGACUUCACCAUGAACACAGUAGCCGGAGCCAUGAAAGCCUUCUUCUCUGAGCUACCUGAGCCUCUGGUGCCCUACAGCAUGCAGGGAGAGCUGGUGGAGGCCUUCAAGAUCAACGAUAGGGAGCAGCGCUUCCAGACGAUGAAGGACAUUCUGCGCCGCUUCCCCAAGGAGAAUUACGAGGUCUUCAAAUAUGUCAUCAGCCACUUGAACAAGGUGAGCCAGAACAACAAGUUGAACCUGAUGACCAGUGAGAACCUGUCCAUCUGUUUCUGGCCCACACUGAUGAGACCAGACUUCACCACCAUGGACGCCCUGACUGCCACCCGCACCUACCAGACAAUCAUCGAGAGCUUCAUCCACCAGUGCGCGUACUUCUUCUACAAUCAACCACUGGCCGAUGGCCUCCCCGGCUCCCCCACCUCUACACUCUCCUUCGGGGGAGGAACCUCUGCCUACUCCUGCAUGGCUGGAGGCUACUCAUCCUCGCCAACUCCGUCCCCGACUCCCUACGUCCUCCCCGCCACCCCUCCUGUCAUCCCACACUACGGCCCUCCUAUCCACCACCACCACCACCAUCAACAUCGGUCCCCACCCCACUCCCCACCUCCUACUCCCCAGUCCCCGAUCCCAGCCCUGCUGCCGCCCUCCCUGCACCCCCAUCACCCCCCUACGGAACAACACACGCUGUGAACCAGGGAUCAAGGGAAAGAGAGAAAAAAAUAACUAAGAGGACGGAUAAUGAGAUUCAGAGAGGUUAUAAGGGUUCAGAAUAAGAGAUUUUGAAGUUUGGGAAGGAAUUGAAGAAGAUAAAUUGAAACGUGAACAGGAGGUAGGAAGAGAAGUUGGGAGAGAUUGAGUGAGAUGCAGUAUGUACAGGGAGAAACCUACAUGUUUAGGAGAAGAAGAGGACCUUUGAGCCUCAGUUGCUUUUAGAAAAAUGGACACACACAAGGCAGAACAGGGGAACACUUAAGCGCCUCUGAACUGGCAGUAUGAUCUUUCUCCCUCCUCGCCACUUUAUUCCUUUGUCUCACAGUCUCACAUCAUCUAGACCUGCCCUCCUUGCCUUAUAGAGAACCUACACACAAACACACUAAAGAAGAGUGAGAUGUUGCCAGUAACUGUUAAAGGGACUCAGGGAGGGACUCAGAAGUAAAGUGCAGGGAGAAUGUGAACUGUUUGUGUGAGUGGUGAAGCAAUCCCAGCAUAACAGACACACAAACACCCAGUGGCCAGAGUGCCUCCGACAACCACUCUCCUCAAUCCCUUAGCCUCUAACUGUGCUAGGAAUUUUGGUGGCCGGCGCACAUUUUUGCAAACUGACCCAGCUACUGUACCUACCUGGAGGCCGUGGCUGGGUCAAAGUGGAGCAGAGAGAGAGUCCUGAACACAUGUUUGUUUAUUUCACCACUGUACAGAGGACUUAAGCAAGAAACACGUGUCACUACUCACCCGACAGGAUGUUCUUACACAUUCCUAUGUGUCAACCCCUCAUACACACGCACACAGACAAAUUCAGUUUCAGUCGAGGCAGUAUGCUAAGCAAAGAAAGGAAAAAAACAAAUCUCAACCAACCAGAUCUGCUAGGCAUCAAAUUGGAGCAAAGGAUUAUGGGGACUCUCACACCCUUGGCAUUCUGGGAAGGCUCCUCCCAGUCUCCUGUUUGCUCUCUCUCUCUCUCUCUCUCUCUCUCUCUCUCUCUCUCUCUCUCUCUCUCUCGGUUUGAACUUCAACCUCAUGCCCCGUCUUUGUAAACACAUGAAGAAAACGGCUUCAAAAAGCAGAUAUUUUAAUUGGUCCAAAUCCUGAUUCUACAUUCACAUUCCCACUGUCCCAAUGCGCUUUAUUUGACAAAAUAUUGGGAAACACAGAAAAAGACGGGCCCAUCACUCAAUGACUGGCCUUGCGUGUAAGUGUCUGUGUGACUGUCUAUCUGUCUGUGUGCUCAUGUAUCCAUGACUUUUUGUUUUACCUGAAUUUCCCUGUAUUAGGCAGAUAGUGGGAAUAAUUCCAGGGUUGGACCUUCACCUGUCAUGUUCUUGCUUCUUUCACACUGUGGUGGUUUUACGAGCGAGUCGGUGCGGCAGUUUUCACAGUAAGGACCUUGUUCAAAAAGCACUUUUCUGAGCACUUUGAAGGCACAUUUUAAAUUGGAGCUGCCAUGACAUGACAGCCACCGUUCACUUUAUUGUCAAUCCACCCUACUCUCUCUCUCUUGGAGCACACCACUGACAUCUAGAGGAAGAAAUGGGUAUUGCAGCCAUAACCUCCCUUCCUACUGCAUGGGCGUAGCACCAUUUUCCUACUGUAGUUUUUGUAGUGUCAGAUUCUCUUAUAGGUGCAAUUGUUAAGAUUUUCAUUAUUGUAUGUCAGAUAAAAUUAACUUUAGAGCUUAUGAAGUGUAAGAGUGUAAAUAAAAGAACAACAGCAGUUUUAAAUCUGGUACAAGUCAAUUGAGAAUAUAUAGAUUGCCACAAAGCAUGUGGCUACAUUGCAGUUGAUUAGACAUGCAGUGAAUGCAAUUGCCUCUCUGUCUUUUUGUUGUUAUUUUCCACUUCACCAAAGCACUCAGCCCUUUGUAGAGGAGUGCCACUUCCCAGACGCCAUAUUUGAAUGGAAGAAAAUAGAGAUUUAGGAGAUUGACGCACAAUGUAGCAUUACAGGCCAGAAAGUAAGAGUUGGAAGCAAGGCUUAAGCUUUGACAAGUGGGAAGCUUUUUAUCGUUGGAAAUAAUUGGUAACCACUGCUCCAGGCCUCAGCAUCCUGUCCUCAUAGGACACAGCGUUAUGCCUCUGGAAAGGAGACUCAAACCUGCUCUCGGUGGACUCGAAAUAUAAUUUGCAAGAGUACUGUGUAACCACUACACCGGACUCCCCCCGCUGUCACUGUUAUGCCACCACAUCCCCUAGUCAUUCCCUGUCCAAGAGAGACAGUUGGAUCCGGGAGAGACAGCAGACAGAACAGACAGUCCAUUCAUCUGUCUGCAUGACUGGAAUGGAGCAUCACAGAAUUCCUCGGCCCAGCCUGCGGUUACCGUAGAAACCAGCGAGCUGAGGCUUGAGGAGAAUUGCUGAGCCCCGAUCGAGCAGCUUUUUAAAGUGUAUGUGUGUGCACGCAUGUGUCUCUGUGUUUGUGUGAGCUCGAGAAAGAGUGUGCGCAUGUGAACUUAUGCUUGUUAAUGUUAAGCAGAUGCUCACCAAGGUCACUUAUUUUGUUUGACACCGAAUUGCAUCUCUGCAUGUCUCCUCAGACAGUCCUCUCUGCCCAAAAGGGAGGGGAGGGGGGGGGACCUUUCAACCAAUCACUGAACUCUUAAAGGAGCUUUUAUCAGUCUACACUACCUAUUUACUUUGUGUGUGGGUGUUUGUGUGUGUGUGUGUGAUAGAGGAAUUAAGAGUGCGUGUUUGGGUGGGUGGGUUUGAGCUAACAUGCUAGCAAGCUGUGCUUGGCAAAUGGCCAGACACCAGCGUGAUCCAAACAAACGUGAAGGAGAGGAAUGCUGUUCUCCUUGCGGUCAUUACCCCGCUGUGUAACCCUGUUAGCUCGUCCAGAUUACACACACUGAUCCUCAGAGAAAGUGUGAGAGAGAUGGGGGAGAGAUUGGGGAGAGUGAGAGGGAGGGAAGACAGACAGCAAAUGGGUGAAUGGGAUCAUUAUUUGGGAGAUGGAGGGAAGAAGGAGGGGGUGACCACUGGUACUUGUGUGUGAACGCCGGCCAGUGGCGUUCCCUGUGUAUAUCAAUGUGUUAAUACUGAACUGACUGUGAGGCAGCCAAAGACUGUUGGAAAAAAAAAAGGGUUGAGGGAGAGAUGGGAGGCAAAGUGACAGUUUAGAAGAACAAUUGAAUUAAAAAUGUGACUUUGGUUCAGCGAUAAUAUGUGGCUGCAUUGCUUUUCUUUUUCUUAUUUGUUUUCUUUUUUUUUGCAACAAUGGUGACAGAUGUCUGUUAAGUUAAAAUGAGAAACAAGCAAAACUAUAUUCAAAUGGUUGUUUAUUGGUAUGUUAGGGGGUCUAACACUUUGCCCUUUAGUCAGUGGUGAUAGAAAAAAAAGUUUCUUUUUAUGUUUUAUUUUAAUAAUUAAAAAAUACAAAGCAUUUUUUUUAACAAUUUCUUUGUGAACAAUUGAGAGACCAGCCCAGUAUAGUGCAUGAUUUCUUCCCAACCAAGGAAGAGGGCUCCACCACUCUCACUAUUUAAGAGAUGAUAAAAAAAAUAUUAAGAAAUAAUGGGGGGGGGGGAGAAAAAAAAUGAAGUACUGUAAAGUGAAAAGAUAACAUCAAACAAAAAAACUGUCAUUAUUUGCUGAGUAUGGUAAUUUGUCUCAAUGGGAAUGUUGUAUACAGCAAGGCCUUAUGUGAUCUGUAUCAUAGUUAAUAAAUCAAAUCUUGUAAAA